AUGGAAAUUGACCGAGCUAAAUUCCUUUUGUAUUUUACAACAUUAAGUUCAAUCGCAUUUGGUUAUUCAUACGGAAAUGACAUUGAUUGUUUUAUUUUGGAAUCACUUAACAAGAAUUUUUUAGAUACAUGGGAAUUGUAUCAUGAUGCAAAAACAUAUAUAACUAACCAAGCUUUGCUAUCUACUUCAAAAUCUCCUAGAUCUUUGCCAAUCCUACCUGCUGAACCUAAUGCUCAUGGAUUCGUAUCUAACUCGACACCAAUCAGCAUUGGAAAUGGCGUUAUUGAUAUAACAUUUGAAUUGUUUGAUAAGAAAAAUUUUAAUAAAAAUGUUAAAUACCCCGAAUUAAGCCAAAAAGAGCUUCCUAAUCAAGGAUUCGGCCUAUGGCUUGAUACAUUUCAUUAUGAAGAUUCCCACACUAAUUCUGGCAUUUUAAUAAUCUUAAAUAUCGACGAACCACACAACAUUUUAUCUCUUUAUCUAAAACGAUUCCAAACAGAUGAAAUUACUGAACAGUUGAUAACUGGGCAAUACUUCUUAGAUAAACUUUUUUUCAACAAAAAACUAAGAUUGAAUAUAAUCGUCAAAAACAAAACUAUUGGAGUUAAUAUUAGGGGUGCGGGGACCACAUUGUAUAAAACUCAAUCAAUCGAACAUCAAUGGCCGGAAAGUGAAAAAAUGUUUUAUAUGGGCAUUCACGCGGAGAAUGGCGAAGAUACACAAUUUCCAAUUUGCAAUUCCAUUUUUGUAACUGAAUUGAAGGUGGAAGGGGCUAACUGUGAACUUUUUAAACAACUAGAAAACUUGCAAACUAAGCCAUCAGAUUUGGUCAUAGCCAGUGAAGACAAAAAAAAAAUUAUUAACGAAGAGUUUAUAGGGCUUAAUAAAAGGUUUGGAGCAAAUAGUUACGAAUCUUUUGGCCGAUUAAAACAAUUAUUUAGCGAAUAUGAGGAGAAUAUAAGACACGAGUACAAUGAAACUUUCUUCAAGCAAAUCAUGGAUUUGAAUAGGAAGUUGGACUAUUUAGUCUCAAUAACCCGUUUAAUAAAUGCAAAAAGUGUCGAUAAUGACAUUUUACAUAUUGAAAGCGUGGUAACUGAAAGCGUGGAGCAUAUGAAAGAUACCUUUGAUGUACAUCAUAGAAAUCAGAAUGAGAAGUUGAUUCAGAUACACGAACAACUGGGCAAACGCAGUGAUAAGAUCAUUAUAGAGACCUUACAACAGUUGGAAGGAACUAAAAGGGAUGGUUUUCCAUAUUAUACUUCAAAAAUCACAGUUUUCUUGUUGGUGCUACUGGCGGGCAUGGUAUUGACCACGCUAUUCGCCAUAUAUUUUAAGAUCUGGAAAAUGGAAAAGCGGCAUAUUUUGUAG